UCUCGAUUUCAGCCCGUCACUAGAAGCACGUUUAAAAUGGCGGCCGAAGAAGGAGAUACACAGCAAGCAAAUACUGUGGAAGAGCCACUAGAUUUAAUUCGACUUAGCCUUGAUGAAAAGAUUUAUGUCAAAAUGAGAAAUGACAGAGAGCUUAGGGGCAGAUUGCAUGCUUAUGACCAACAUUUAAAUAUGAUUCUUGGAGAUGUAGAAGAAUGCAUAACAACUGUUGAAAUAGAUGAAGAAACAUGCGAAGAAAUAUUCAAGCAAAGCAAGCGUACAUUACCAAUGCUCUUUGUGAGAGGUGAUGGGGUCAUCCUGAUUUCUCCGCCACUGAAGGUUGGAUACUAGAUUCUAUUUUGACAUAUCCUAUUCAUCCAGCAGAGGAUCUUGCGUUACAGGUAGUGAUAAAGUUGCAAAUGCAGUGACAAACUUGCUGUCUAAGCAGAACCUGUAAAUGUGUCAUUUGCCUGGAACAUCUCUUUGUAUUUAACGCUUAAACAAAUUUGUGUUUUUAGAAGAAAUGUAUUAGAGUCAUGUGUCAAUGUCAACUAAUGUGUAAUUGUAUGACAUGUAAUUUUGUUGUCAAUAUUCUAUGUCAACUGUAAUUCUAUUACAUUUUCUAUCACUCAAAUGAG